AUGGCAAUAUCUAUCUAUCUAUCUAUCUAUCUAUCUAUCUAUCUAUCUAUCUAUCUAUCACCACAAAUAUGUUCAUUAUCUAUCUAUCUAUCUAUCUAUCUAUCUAUCUAUCUAUCUAUCUAUCUAUCUCAGACUAAUCAUAUCUAUCUAUCCGAUUCUGUUCAUAUCUAUCUAUCUAUCUAUCUAUCUAUCUAUCUAUCUAUCUAUCUAUCUAUCUAUCUAUCACCACAAAUAUGUUCAUUAUCUAUCUAUCUAUCUCUCUAUCUAUCUAUCUAUCCUUACCAGCCCGUUCAUAUCUAUCUAUCUAUCUAUCUAUCUAUCUAUCUAUCUCAGACUAAUCAUAUCUAUCUAUCUGAUUCUGUUCAUAUCUAUCUAUCUAUCUAUCUAUCUAUCUAUCUAUCUAUUUAUCUAUCUAUCUAUCUAUCUAUCUAUCUUGCAUUCUCUCAGAAUUCUGAUGCCAAAACCAGGCUUCUGCUGUUCGUUCUGCUAAAAGACAACGAAGACUCCUCUGGGCACCGUCUGACUUGUUUCCAAAGUAAACUAUUUUCUCUCAGAACAAAUCUAUCUAUCUAUCUAUCUAUGUUCAUAACUAUCUACCUAUCUCUAUUCAUAUCUAUCUAUCUAUCUAUCUAUCUAUCUAUCUAUCUAUCUAUCUUAGCCUUCUUCCUGUUUUUCUUCAUUAUAUCCAUAUCAUCAUUUCUUUCUUUCUUUCUUUCUUUCUUUCUUUCUUUCUUUCUUUCUUUCUUUCUCAUUCAUUUUAGAUUCUAUAUUUUCUUUUUCUUUCUUUCUUUCUUUAUCAUUCUUUUAGAUUGUAUAUCUCCUUUCUUUCUUUCUUUUCGAUUCGACUCUUUCUUUCUUUCUCAUUCCUUUUAUGUUCCAUAUUUUUUGCCUUUCUUUCUUUCUUUCUUUCUUUCUUUCUUUCUUUCUUUCUUUCUUUCUUUCUUUCUUUCUUUCUUUCUGUUAAUAUAUUAUGAGUCUUUCUGUUUUUCUUCAUUAUAUCCAUAUCAUCAUUUCUUUCUUUCUUUCUUUCUUUCUUUCUUUCUUUCUUUCUUUCUUUCUUUCCUUCGCAUUCAUUUUAGAUUCUAUAUUCUUUUUCUUUCUUUUUUUGUUUAUCAUUCUUUUAGAUUGUAUAUUUUCUUUCUUUCUUUCUUUCUUUUCGAUUCGAUUCUUUCUUUCUUUCUCAUUCCUUUUAUGUUCCAUAUUUUUUGCCUUUCUUUUCUUUCUUUCUUUCUUUCUUUCUUUCUUUCUUUCUUUCUUUCUUUCUUUCUUUCUUUCUUUCUCCUUCAUUUUAGAUUCUAUUAUAUAUUUCUUUCUUUCUUUCUUUCUUUCUUUCUCAUUCAUUUUAGAUUCUAUAUUUUCUUUUUUUCUUUCUUUCUUUAUCAUCCUUUUAGAUUGUAUAUUUUCUUUCUUUCUUUUCGAUUCGACUCUUUCUUUCUUUCUCAUUCCUUUUAUGUUCCAUAUUUUUUGCCUUUCUUUCUUUCUUUCUUUCUUUAUUGUUUUCUUUCAUUCUUUCUUUCUUUCUCCUUCAUUUUAGAUUCUGUAUUAUCUUUGCCUUUCUUUAUCAUUGCUUUUAGAUUCUAUAUUUUCUUUCUUUCUUUCUUUCUUUCUUUCUUUCUUUCUUUCUUUCUUUCUUUCUUCUAA